AUUUAGACACCCUUUUUCUUUCUUUCUUUUGAACACUAUGGCCCCUCACCGUCCUUUUCAAGAGUCUUUUUGGUCACCUACAGCUUCUGUUGAUUCAAUACCUAACUUUACAGUUGGUUUCAAUGUUCUCCAUAAGAAGCUUAAACAGUCGCAAGCUGAAAACAAGGUGAUUGUUAACUAUAUUAAACAGCGUAUUGCAGCAGAAAAAGCACAUGCUGCCACCUUAACUUCUCUUGUUGUUCCCCUGAGUAAAAACACACCAUUUGAUCAAGAUAUUGGUGCAAGCCUAAAACAAUGUUUUCAAGUUGUGUGCGCAGAAAGCACUGAAUCUUCACAAGAACAUUUGCAUCGUGCACAAGACUUACAUAUCACUGCCCUUGAUCCUCUUCUUCAAUUUUCUCAGCGUUAUGACCGUAUCAUUACUCAGUCUAAACAGAUCGUCGAGAAUCAAAUCCAGCAGUUUCAAUUGGUCUGCAAACAACUUGAACAAGCUAAAAUUACCUAUACAGGCCGGUGCAAAUCAUUGCUUGCCUUUCAACCUGAUUUUAGACUAUUGGAUCGAGACAAAUCGUCUGUCAUUCAACUAGAGGGUGUUUUCGAAUUCAGCACACGUGAUCAUGUCUGGCAGGCACUUGAACAGCUUGUUGAUCCUUUCUUCACAGAACAAGAUAUUCUGCAAGCACUUGUAAGGCAGCAGCAACUAGCAAUUGGAAGGGAGGAGAGUAAAAGAAUAUUAGGGGAUCUUGUCAGAUUGGGUUUCAUAAAAAAGAACGAAGAAAACACACUCUAUCACAAACUAUCAGAUACACCUACAGAGAAUACAAAAGGUUUUUGGAGUCGAUGGAGCAACAAUAAUAGUAAUGCAAACUAUGCACAAAAAGAUGAUUUGGUGACAGAUAUGUUUGAAGCUGAUAAAGACUAUCGGAAGGCUGUGAUGAAGGUCGAGAAAUUGCGCAUACAGACAGAACAAAUCUUGUUUGUUCAUUAUGAAGAAAUGGAAAGCCUUGAGUUAGAAAGAAUUCAGACUAUUAAGCAUGCGUUUAUCAGUAUGGCUGCUUCCUUAUCCAAUGCUAUUCCUCGGUGCAAAGAAUUGUUUGACAAUUUGAUGUUAUAUCAAGAGACUUUGAAACCUGACAAGGAUGUUCAAUUCAUCGUUGAACAAUAUAGAACAGGUCAUUUCUGCCCGAAGCCCAUUUUGUACGAAAAUUAUUUUCAUGGCACAGCCUCAGACCAACUGUUUGGUGUACCAUUAGAGGAGAUCACAAGAGUACAAAAUUCAUUGGUGCCACAACUCAUUUCUCAAGGUCUAAUGGUUGUCGAAUCAGGUUUUUCGAGGAUCUAUGAGCAGGAAAAGGCUAUAUUAUGGACAAUGCACUUGCCGUUAGAUAAGACUCACGCUGCUAGAGAAGAAUUGAAUACCAGCAAAAUAAUUGAUCUUCAGGUACUAGAAGAGUUGGAUCCUUUAGUGCUUGCUUCUUUAAUUCGACUUUAUCUAUUGGAGUUACCAGAAUGCUUGUUUACAUUUGAGCUCUAUGAGCCUUGUAAACUACUUUAUUCAAAUCAGCAAGACAAGGAUAGUCGAUUAGCAUCGAUUAGUAAACUAUUGACAACAUUGCCGACGCCCAAUUAUCAUACAACGAAAACUCUCUUUCAUCAUUUUUAUAAGCUUGUUCAGCAAUACAAAACAGAGCAUCUUUCUGUCUCUCUGGCCAAAUCCUUUAGCUACAUCCUUAUGCGACCUCAAAUCCAAUCUAAAGUCAGCACUCACGAACACCACGCACAGCGUCUUUUACAAGAUCUCAUUGAAAAUUUUGAUAUUGUCUUUACACAAGAAACAAGCAAAGCACAAGAAGAAAACUCAAAUCGACCAGCUAUUAUUAUACCUUUGCAAAAACCAAGUUCGUUGGACGAAACAAAGAGACAUAGUUACAGUAGUGUUCGAUCGAACAGUAGUGGAAGCAAUAAACGCUCUUCUAUUCUUUCGUUUAUGAGAGCAAGUCAAUCAGCACCUACUACAACCUCUAAUCAACCACGGCCAACAACAGGACUUGUGAUACCAUCCUCUAGUACUUUGUUUGAAGACCCAGACGAGGUUUUUUCUUCCGGGUCUUCUAGUGUCAGUACACCACCUCAUACCACGAUCGAUACCAUGUCUAAGGCACGCGAAUUAGUAAAUGAGCAUUAUAUGAUGAGUGAAUUAGACAGUUUAGAUUCUUUUUUUGAAGACGAAGAUGAAUAAAGACGGGUUUGUUUAUUCGGUUCGGAACACUAUUCCCUUAAUAUAAUUCCGAAUCAGCCGCUUUGGUGUCUCAAACAAAUAUAUAUAAAGCACAGACAUUUGUAUAGCAUGCCUUGCUACAAUAGAAUCAUGAUUGAAC